AUGAAAAGGAACGUAUCUGAUGAUUCUUGCUCUUCCUUUCUCCGCUGGCCUCUGCGGGUCCCUGCUGCUCUCGUCUCAUCCCUCCGUUUCCGCUUGCAGAUCCGCGGCGGGAAGCUGAUGAUCACCAACGCCCGGAAGAGCGACGCGGGGAAGUACGUGUGCGUGGGGACCAACAUGGUGGGCGAGCGGGAGAGCGAGAUCGCCGAGCUGACGGUGCUGGAGCGACCCAGCUUUGUGAAGAGGCCCAGCAGUCAGGUGGUGCUGGUGGAGGAGAGCGUGGAGUUCAGGUGUGAGGCUCGGGGUGACCCGGUCCCCACCGUGCGCUGGAAGAAGGAGGACGGGGAUCUUCCCAAGGGGAGGUACGAGAUCCGGGAGGACCACACACUGAAGGUGCGGCGCGUGACGUCAGCCGACGUGGGCACCUAUACCUGCGUGGCGGAGAACAUGGUGGGCAAGGCCGAGGCGUCUGCCACCCUCACCGUACGCGUCGUGUCUGAGCCCCCCGCGUUUGUGGUGCGCCCCCGAAAUCAGGUGGUGGCCGUGGGACGUACCGUCACCUUCCAGUGCGGGGCUACGGGAAACCCCCAACCUGCCAUAUUCUGGCAGAGAGAGGGCAGCCUGAGCCUGCUUUUUUCCAACCAGCCGCCCCAGCCGUCCAGCCGCUUCUCCGUCUCCCAGACGGGCGACCUCACCAUCACCGACGUGGAGCACGCGGACGUGGGCUACUACAGCUGCCAGGCCCUCAACAUCGCGGGCAGCGUCAUCACCAAGGCCCUGCUGGAGGUCACCGACGUGGUGUCCGACCGCCCGCCGCCAGUGGUCCGGCAGGGCCCGACCAACCAGACCGUUUCCGUGGACGGGACCGUGGUCCUGAGUUGCCUGGCGACCGGGAACCCCGCCCCCACCAUCCUGUGGAGGAAGGACGGGGUGCUGGUGUCCACCCACGACUCCCGAAUCAAGCAGCUGGACGCGGGUGGACUGCAGAUCCGCUACGCCAAGCUGGGAGACACAGGCAUGUACACCUGCAUCGCCUCCACCCCCAGCGGCGAGGCAUCGUGGAAGGCCUACCUGGAGGUGCAAGAGUUUGGAGUUCCGGUGCAGCCCGCCAGACCCACGGACCCCAACCUGAUCCCCAGCGCCCCGUCCAAGCCCGAGGUGGCCGAGGUCACCCGCACCUCCGUCACCCUGUCCUGGAAGCCCAACCUUAACGCCGGGGCCACGCCCACCUCCUACAUCAUCGAGGCCUUCAGCCACGCCUCGGGCAGCAGCUGGCAGACGCUGGCGGAGCACGUGAAGACGGAGACCUUCGUCCUGAAGGGCUUGAAGCCCAGCGCGGUCUACCUCUUCCUGGUGCGCGCUGCCAACGCCUACGGCCUGAGCGACCCCAGCCCCAUCACCGACGCCGUCAAGACGCAAGAUAUCCCCCCCACCAGCCAGGGCGUGGACCACCGGCAGAUCCAGCGGGAGCUGGGGGACGUGGUCAUCCACCUGCACAACCCCACCAUCCUGUCGUCCUCCUCCGUCAGGGUGCAGUGGACGGUGGAGCAGCAGUCCCAGUACAUCCAGGGCUACAAGGUGAUGUACCGCUCGUCUCCAGAGGGGGGGCAGCAGCCCCGGGGGGAGUGGGGCGUUUUCGAGGUCCGCACCCCGGGGGAGGACAGCGCCGUGGUGCCCCAGCUGAAGAAGGGGGUGACCUACGAGUUCAAGGUGCGCCCCUUCUUCAACGAGUUCCAGGGCACCGACAGCGAGGUGAAGAUCGCCAAGACCCUGGAGGAAGCCCCCAGCGCUGCCCCCCGCGGGGUUACCGUGACGAAGAGCGAUGACAACGGGACGGCUAUCCUGGUCUCCUGGCAACCGCCUCCCGAGGAGGAGCAGAACGGCGUGGUGCAGGAGUACAAGAUCUGGUGUCUGGGGAACGAGAGCCGUUACCACGUCAACCGCACGGUGGACGGCUCCACCUUCUCCGUCCUGAUCCCCAGCCUCUCCCCGGGGGUCCGCUACAGUGUGGAGGUGGCGGCCAGCACCGGCGCCGGCCCGGGGGUCAAGAGCGAGGUCACCUUCUUCCAGCUGGACUCCUCGGGGCGGAUGAUGGAGAGCGGGCAGCCCGAGGAGAACACGCUGUCCCAGCAGAUCUCGGACGUGGUGAAGCAGCCUGCCUUCAUCGCGGGCAUCGGCGCGGCCUGCUGGAUCAUCCUCAUGGUGUUCAGCGUCUGGCUGUACCGCCACCGCAAGAAGAGGAGCGGCCUCAGCAGCAGCUACGCCGGCAUCCGCAAGGUUCCCUCCUUUACCUUCACCCCAACAGUGUCCUAUCAGAGAGGGGGGGAAGCUGUAAGCAGUGCUGGGAGGUGA